UUAUAUUGUCUAAGCCAGAUGAAAACAAGAAACGACUGAGCAAAAUACCAACUUCCCGAUCAAAGCUUGCACCUAAAAUCAGCGAGGGAGCUUUCUCUAACAUUAUGACAGUGCGGUCAAGUUUGGAGGAGGCAGGGAGGCACCAAGUCACUCAUCAAGUUAAAAAUUUAAAGACAGGCGGGUCCAACACUAUGCUCAAUAAACUUGUGAAUGGACAAAAAAUUAACUUAACUUUCAAAGCAGUAUCAUAAAAAUAUGCAUUCAUUUGAUACUAGGGCUUUGUUAAAAAUAGAUUAAAUAGGCACCUAAUAGAAACUAGUUUUGUUAAUGCAGUCAAACUUACUGCCCAGCUAUAUGU